GCAGGUCCACCUGUGAGUGGAAACCCCCCUCCCCCGGAGUUCAUUAAUCCCAAAACGCCUGGGCGCAUGACCAAUCAGCUGCAGUAUCUGGAUAAGGUGGUGAUCAAAGCUUUAUGGAGGCAUCACUUUUCGUGGCCCUUCCGUCAGCCUGUUGAUGCAGUGGCUCUGCGUCUCCCAGAUUAUUAUUCAAUUAUCACAAAUCCUAUGGAUCUGAGCACUAUUAAGAAGCGUCUCCAGAACAAAUAUUACUGGCAAGCACUUGAAUGUAUCCAAGACUUCAACAACAUGUUCACCAACUGCUACAUGUACAAUCGGCCUGGAGAUGACAUUGUAUUCAUGGCGCAGACAUUGGAGAAGCUUUUUUUGCACAAACUUUCUCAAAUGCCUAAAGAUGAGUGUGAAGUCACAACACUAACUGUAAAAGACCCAGUAAAAGGGAGGAAGACCAAUACAGUUGCAUUGAAGCAGAGAUCCCUUGUGUCAGAGGUUGUUCUCCAGCAGACCGUGACAGUCAUUCCUCCUGAUGUGCCUCAUCCCAUCCCACCCAUCCAGCUCUCUGAGCAAAUCGAUGCAACAAUUAAAAAAGGUCUUAAGAGGAAGUCAGACCCCACACCCCCCACCACCUCAGCGAUCACCAGCAGAGAGGGCUCCCUUACUGACCAGUAUUCAGCACCUUGCAUAUUAUUGAACAGGAGAGGCAGUGGAAGGCCCAUCAAACCUCCUAAGAAAGACUUGCCUGCGUUUGAGAGCAAAAAGAUCAAACUGUCUGAUCAGCUGAGGUGCUGCAAUGAUAUCCUGAAGGAGAUGCUCUCAAAAAGGCACUAUGCAUAUGCGUGGCCCUUCUACACUCCUGUUGAUGCAGUUGCUUUGGGUUUGCAUGACUACCAUGACAUUAUCAAACAGCCUAUGGACCUGAGUACCAUCAGGAAAAAAAUAGAUGAGCGACAGUACGCAAGCGCAAAAGAGUUUGCUGCUGACGUCAGACUGAUGUUCUCCAACUGUUACAAAUACAAUCCACCUUCACAUGAAGUCGUCUACAUGGCAAGAAAACUGCAGGAUGUUUUCGAGGCCCGAUAUUUGAAGGUUCCACAAAAGCCAGACGGUUGUCCCGUACCUCGUCAGCGAGUCGACAAGGUGAAAGGAGAAAGAGCUGAAAGUCCAUCAAGCUCAGCAAGUUCAGAAAGUGAAAGCUCUUCGGAGCCAGAAGGUUCAUCAGAGGAGGUGUCUCUGCAGCUGGCUAAUCUAGAGGAGAGGUUGAAAGCAGUUAGCGAUCAGCUGAAGAGACUCUCCCAAGAGCCCCUGAUGAAACCAAAGAAGAGAGACAAGUUGAAAAAGGAAAAAAGAUCGAAAGAAAGGGACAUCGCUAGGCUGAAGUACAAAUCCUCCAAAUACAAAUCUGUCGUAGAAAAAAUGACCAACAAGAGCUCGACUUUGCAUGGCAACAAACACAAUAUUCAUGGAGCACCCGUAAAAUGUGAGGCAGAGGCUCCGUCAAUACCAAUGACUUACCAGGAGAAGAAGCAGCUGAAACUGGACAUCGACAAGCUGCCCGGUGACAAACUGGGAAAGCUGGUGAGCAUCAUUCACGCCAGGGAGUCCUGUCUGCGAGAUUCUGCUCCAGAGGAGAUUGAAGUUGACUUUGAAAUGCUCAAGACAUCCACACUGAGAGCCUUGCAGAGGUUUGUCGCAGCGUGUCUGAAGAAAUGCAACAAGAGCGUCAGCAAAAAAAAGCUGGUGAAGCCCACUGAAGGAGUGCAGACUGGGAAAUUAAAGGACUCUGGAAGAUCUCAAGUUGUCAGUAAAGAGCAGCGAGUGAUUAAGAAGAAAAAGCCCCUAGCCAAACCCGUUGCAUCCCCUGACCCCAGUUGCCCAUCACGCCUCAGUGAAAGCAGCAGCAGCAGCAGCAGCAGCAGCUCGUCAUCCAGCUCUGACAGCAACAGCAGCAGCAGUAGUCAUUCUAGUGCUUCUGAUAGCAGUGACUCUGAAUCAGUGCCAAAAACAAAGAAGCAGAAAGGUAAAGACUCUUGCCAAAAGGUUAAGACAAAGUCAAAGGUGACUCGUGCUGCUGGUAAUAAGCAGAUACUGGAGACAAAAGAUUCAUCAAAAGCCCCAGUUAAGACUUGCCAGCCUCCUCCUGCUAUCACAGCACAGACUAAAGACAACUCCACUCAGCCUCAUGCAGACCAGAUCUGUAAUGACAUGACUCUGUCACCUCCAGAUUUGUCUGCCCUGUUGUCCCCCAUGGCAUCGCCAGGAAUUUUGCUAGACUGGGCUGCCACCAGAUUUGAGCAGGGUCCAGUGCUGUCCCCUCUGAGAGACAGCCCUCUGCAGCCCAAACAAGAGACCAUGUCCAAUUUGCCUGAAGAUUUUCCUGACAGUCAGGUUACUAACAUGCCUUACACCAACACAGCAAGUAAAGCUGAUGAGCAGGAAAAAACCCAACUCCCCAAAAAGGACAUUGUUCUGAGAAAUGCUGAGUCUUGGGCCAAACUGGUGAGACAGUCAGUCAACGCAGCUGCAAUCAAGUCAUCAAAGGAGAGCUUCCAGCAAUUCCGUAAAGCUGCAAUAGAAAAGGAAGAACGAGAAAAAGCACUGAAGAAAAAACAGAUGGGAGACAACAAGGAGAGGGAUAGUCCUGAUAAUAGCCUUCCAGGCCAAACAGAAAAAAAUGCACAACCUGCUAAAGAAGAUCCUGAUUCACCAGAGAGCAUUUGCACAGAGGUCACCUUAGAUGUUCCCGAAGAUGUGGAGCAGCAACAGCCGAAGUCUCCCGCGGAAACACAACUUGGAACCGCACAGUCCUCGGUGGAUCAGGAAAGAGAGAUGGCCCGCAAAAGAGAGCAAGAGCGUCGCAGGCGAGAGGCAAUGUCUGGUAUUGAUAUGUCUAUGCAGCGGGACAUCAUGACUACAUUUGAGCUCAACCUGGACUAAUAAGAAACACCUGGGAUUUACUUGAAAAAUUAGCUACCUGUGCAAAACUUCUAUUUGUUUGUCUGAGUGAAUAACUUUCAUAGGCACAAGAGCCGACUCCUCAACUGAUGUGUGUUCUUGAGACUGAAAGAUUAAUUGUGAAAAAGUAAAAAAAAAAAAAAAAAACAUUAAAUAAAAUAUAAAUGGAUCUUGCCCUUAAUUCAUAUUUGAAACGGUUAGUAAAUGUCUGCACUGAUGCACUCUUUAAUUUGGGAUGAUUGGGUGUAGCACUGUCAUUAUUCACACCUGAAUCCUGCAUGUUUUUCUGUUUUUUCACAUUUUGAAUGAGUCCUCCUACAGUUAACAGUUGUGCAUGACAAGCUGAUUUAAUGUGUCCACACAGAGUAGUUAAGACGCCACCUUGUUGUCAUGUUUUCUGAAAUGUGCAGUGUCGUUCUAGUUUUGCAGUUAUCCCAGUCAGUGAACCCUUAUCAUCAUAUGUAUGUUCAUCCUGACUCUAAAAUAUACUGUUGACAAAAUACUUGUUUACAUGUUGAUGUUACAUGCACACAUCCUGUGAUUUAUUUUAUUUUUGUUCUGUAAAAAGCAAAGAAGAUUAACAUUUUGGUCCUUACCAAUGUUUCCAAUGUGGGAUUGAAUGAAUCUCAGAUCCUUAUUUUUGUCUUGACUACUUGAAGAUACCAUACAUUGUGUUAACUGUACAUGCACUGCACUUUGUUGUCCAUACAGUUCUGGCUGUUCCAAAGUUGUUUUUGGACAUUAUCAGCAUAUUCUGUAUGUUCCAGUUU